GAUUGGUCGGGAAGCACGACUGACAACACCUGCUUAACUCCUUCAUCCAAAUUGACACCCGGACUCUAGGAAAUAUAUCCAGCAUCCAUCCCGUUUCCACUCUCACACGCUCUCGCUGUCAUCUCGAUCAGUAUCCACACCAGAUCCCAGGCUGACAGCCUGUUAUUAUUCAUUCGAGAAAACUGAGUGUAGAAAUGUUGAUCAAAUUUGCACUAGCCUUGCUACUUGUCACCGUCUUGGGGGAAGUGGUAGGAACGGAUAAUGCUGAUGUUCACGAGAGUCACCCCGAGAAACCGGCCAGUCAGAAAGGACGUCUCUCCUUACAAAAUACAGCUGAGAUCCAGCACUGUCUUGUGAGCGCUGGAGACGUGGGCUGCGGUGUGUUCGAGUGUUUCGAGAACAACUCCUGUGAAAUCCGGGGCCUCCAGGAAAUCUGCAUGACCUUCCUGCACAAUGCUGGCAAGUUUGACUCGCAGGGCAAGUCCUUCAUCAAGGAUGCUCUGAAGUGCAUGGCUCACGGCUUAAGGCACAAGUUCAGCUGCAUCAGCCGAAAAUGCCUGGCCAUAAAGGAGAUGGUCUUCCAGCUUCAACGGGAAUGCUACAUGAAACACAACCUCUGUUCAGCUGCUAAAGACAAUGUCAAUGUCAUGGUGGAGAUGAUACAUUUCCAAGACUUAUUUCCCAAAGGGCCGUACGUUGAGCUGGUGAACAUCUUGCUCGGCUGUGGAGAGGAGGUGAAGGAAGCCAUUACCCGGAGCGUGCGUCUGCAGUGCGAGCAGAACUGGGGCGCUCUGUGCGACAGCCUGAGCUUCUGUACGUCUAUAACCGCCGCUCCAGCGCCAGGCGGCCUUGAUCGACGUCCGGUGGUUUCCUCUCAUUCAGAGGGGGAGCACCACAAGGGCGCUCGACAAGGAGACAAGGACAAACCUGGCAAGGUCGGGAUCAGUUCCCACACAAGAAGUCGGAGCCAAGGCCCACGCCGUGCCAGUUUAGAUGCCGGCGUUGCCGAGCAGGAAGACUCUAAAAUCAGUGACAUUCGGAGGUGAAAUAGCAGGAUCACCUAAACUGACCAUGAGACCCCAAUCCCCAACUUAACAGACUCAGAAAACCUCUUAAUUCAACCCAUCCACCCUCACAUCUCCACAGUCAUUCCAGCACUCCCAAACUGUACAUUUUGCAAGGGUAAAUGUGGUGCAGCUUUUUUGAUACUCCAGAUUAUAGGACCGAUUGUUAAUUUUGUAGAGUUCAGUGCUUUUAUUUUAGUUCUAAUACAGCAUCUCUAUUUCGCAAAUCAUAUCCUCCUUAAGAUUCAAUCACUUUAUUUAUUUCAUGCUUUAUGCAAUGUUUGAAUAUAAACCAUGUACAUAUAAAUCUAUGUAUAUCUAUAUUUAUAUAAACAUGUCUAAAUAAUAUAGCCUCCAUAUUAGGUAAUGAUAAACUAUAUGUAAUAUAGUGCAAAGAAUGCUUGCUGUUGUAUUAGUUACAUUAUUGCACCAAUUAUGCAUCUGACUGUAGAUAUGUAAGAUAUGUUUGUUUGUUUGUUUCAGAAAUGUAUGUGUAAUUGUUAUUUUAAAUACUUGAUUAAAUACAAGCUGUACAGGAUUGAAGUCCAGGUCUAGCACAUACAAUGCUCUGUGCUUCUUAGAACAAAAAGUCAUUUCACGAAAAACAAUGUCCAGUAACAAGUUUAUUGUGCCUUGAGAAUAUUUUGCCCCAAAAAUAAACCGUAGACCCUAGACCGUAGAUGUAUUAUAGGAAAAUGCCCAAAUAUAACAGCCCCUGUGCUUAGAAAUAUAAAUGUUAGCUGUCUCAAAGAAGCGCCCUGAUAAUAACACUUAAGUCUAAUAUGUAUGCUGCAUUUCUAGGUUUUGCCCAAACAGAUUAGUUCAACACGGGAACAGCUUCAGUGUACGAUGUCUCAUGGAAAGCAGGCCUGUCUGUGUUCUGGCCAAGUCCACAGCCAGCCACUGGUGUUUCCAAGUAAAAAAUAGCCGUUUUUUUUUUCUCCCAGAGCCACUGAGAAGAGCCAGAAGCUGGAACUGUAGUCGGCUGGCCUUAGACCCAGGAACUAGGUUAAGUCUACACAAGAACCUCAGGGUAUUACUGACAAUAAUAUUGAAAUGGGUGAAUUAUUGUUUACUAUAGCUGCGAAAGAAUUGUUUUGGGCCCUUGCCACGUGAUUGGUUAAUAAAAUGUCUGGAGCUGAUUGUUGGUUUAAGAAUAAGCAAUGGCUUGUAUAGAUCUGUUAUUCAUCAGCCUAAGGAUAACAGUAGUUACUUUGACCAAUCAUAUUUUGAAUUCGCUCAGGUAUUCUGAUGAACAUGAGGGCAAAAUGUGAUCAACUUUGGGUUUAACCCUGGAAAACAUUUUCAAAUGGUUAUAAUGAAAAAAAAUCUGUGUACAACAAUUACAUGGAAUGACUGAUUCCAUAUCACUACAGAUAGCAUGUGUUCCAAUUGUUUUAGGAAAAUAAAUACUAAAGCUCAUUUCUUA